UUGUCUCAUACAGGCCACCGUAGUCGUAAUCAUGGUACCGAUUUACAGCGUACUGUUUGGUAUUUGUUGUGUUGGGAUUUUUAUUAUUUUGCGGCUGCUGAUUGUCAUUAGUUCCGGUUCAAGAUGUAAACCCGGACAAAAAGGCCCAGUCUGCGUGCUGGUGGUUGCCGGAUCAGGUGGGCAUACAACUGAAAUUCUGCGAUUGAUGGCGAGCCUCUCCCAGUCUUACAGCCCGCGACACUAUGUCAUUGCAGACACCGACAAGAUGAGCGAGGACAAGAUCCGUGCCUAUGAAAGUUUGGAAAAGGGCCAAGAGUCCAAGUUUACGGUUCACCGGAUCCCUCGGAGUCGCGAGGUGCGGCAGUCAUGGAGUUCGUCAGUGGCCAGCACUUUGAACGCCAUCCGCUUCUCCAUCCCUCUCAUGUUCCGACUCAGGCCUGACAUGGUGCUGUGCAACGGUCCCGGUACCUGUGUCCCCCUGUGCCUGGCGGGACUUCUGCUAGGAACUGUGGGAUUGAAGAAGGUUGUGAUUGUCUACGUCGAGAGCAUCUGCAGGGUAGAGACCCUGUCGCUUUCCGGAAAGAUCCUCUACCAUCUCUCAGACUAUUUCUUCGUGCAGUGGCCGACCUUGAAGGACAAACACCCCAAAGCCAUCUACCUGGGACGGAUAGUCUAAGCUGUCUGUCAACCAAAGACUGUAACUUUGUGACCGACAGUCUUUUACUAUUAUGCUUGAAAGAUGACAUUUUUGAACUUGGACAGGUUUUGUUUCGUUGUGAAAGAAAAAAAAAACGGUUGUUUUUCUACACACACGAAAAAUGAAAUCAAAAGACAAGUAAUCUGUGAGUGCUGUAAGGUUGAGGCCUGGUCUUGUAUGUUUAGAACGCAUAACACCAUGCUGUUAAUCCCCAGAAGUAUAAAGAGAAGGAAUACAAGGAAUCUCAUUGAGGUGUCGAAGAAGCAUCGAAUAGAUGGACAGAGAGAUUACCCCAGACUUUCUGGUUUUUUAAUAGAACCCUGGAGAAGAAUCCAACAUGAUUGUGACAGGAAAGACGGGAGGGUGAGCUCAACUGUCACGCUUUCUUCAAAACAUGACAACCGCCAUUGUUAGGGAAGAACGGCGUGAUGACAAGGAGGCAAGAUGGCACAAGAUCACCUCACAUCCUCUCGCCACUCAAUCAGCGGCAUGCUUCGCACCAUGAAAGGUUUUACUGUACAUUUAAUUAAACAUUCUGUAGAGUGCGAAAAAGUGAUGUUCUUCAAUGUCAUGGAAACAUAACUUAUCAUCCCACCCACUCUGCUUGACAAGUACUUGUACAACUGCCCGUAAUAACCCCCUUCUCUGGCUCUUGUGGCAGAAAGUGCAAAUUAAAAGCAUUUUUGUGUGCUUACGUGAAGUCGGGUGGCCUCGGUCUGGUGAAAUCCCCAUGUAUCAAAGUCGUAACGGGGUAAUUCCUCUGAAAUGUACCGGCACGUUCGUAGUACACAAUGCCUCCCUGAAUGUUAAUAUCCAUAUCAGUGGCCCCCCCUUCGAGAUGUUCAUUCUCAGUCGUUUGUGUACGCUUUGUAAACAGAUUGUGUGAUUGUGUUCGGGGCUUGGGUGCAGCGUUGUGCCUUGUUUGUUUGUCUUUGCAUUGUGGGAGGCUUUCCUGUUGCUGGACGGGGUUCGCUCGACAGGAACAGCACUGAGCUAAUGGUGGUUUGUUUUACGGCAUUAGAAGAGGGAACAGAAGGAGAAUAAAAAAAAUGA